AUUGGAUGUAUUUAUGGUAAUAAGAUAUCUCAUAUUCCGGAAAAAAACCGAAUUGGUUUUGAAUUUAGUCAUCAUAUCGAAAAAGAUGAACGAAGCUAAGAGGGAGUAAACCGAUAAGCACCAGGAAGAUUUCUAGAAUACAGACAGACCAAAAAAGAUGGCGCUGUCAAUGAAGGCGGGGAAGUGUCCGACGGAUGAGUUAUCCACCACCAAUUUUGUCAUCGCCUCCCCUCAAGAUUUAGAUGACAAGAAAUGCAGGCAUGUGGAAAUAUACACCUCCCCACACAUGAAGUUUGUUUUUUCCGUGAAAAACUGUGAUCGCAUGCAGAAAGGCUACAUGGGUUUCAAUUUGAUGCAGAGAAGAUGGGCCAAUGUUUCAUUAAAUCAAGAUUUGACUGUAAAGUCAUUUAUGUUCAACCAAAAAUCUGACACAAUUGGAACUAUUGUCUUAGAGGUGGACUUUCUUCAAAAGAAAAAUGCUAAUUUGGAUCCACAUGACACAGACAAAAUGGCAGCUGAGUUUCUGAUGCAGUUCAAUAACAUGGCUUUUACAGAGGGCCAGAGUCUGGCUUUUCAGUUUGCAGACAAAAAACUUCUAGUCAUCGCAGUCAAGGAGAUUGAAGUAAUUGACUUCACCAGAAUGAAGGAUGGUAGUGGGACCACAAAGAGAUCUCAGCUGGGUUUGCUGACCCCCAAUACUACAGUAGUAUUUGAGAAGUCCGAUGCCUCCACAAUCAACUUAACAGGAAAAUCCAAAAGUAAGCAAGCUUUCACCUCCAUCAUUAACCCAGACUGGGAUUUCAACAAGAUGGGAAUAGGCGGUCUAGACAACGAAUUUUCAGCCAUUUUCAGGAGAGCUUUUGCCUCUCGAGUUUUUCCUCCUGAAGUAAUUGAACAGUUAGGAAUGAAGCAUGUGAAAGGAAUUCUUCUGUUUGGUCCACCAGGAACUGGAAAAACUCUGAUGGCCAGACAAAUUGGAAAAAUGUUGAAUGCCAGAGAACCCAAGAUUAUCAAUGGUCCACAGAUUCUGGAUAAAUAUGUAGGAGAGUCAGAGAAAAAUAUUAGGAUGCUGUUUGCUGAGGCUGAGGAAGAGGAGCAAAGGUGCGGGCCUCACAGUGGUCUACACAUCAUCAUCUUUGACGAGAUCGACGCCAUUUGUAAAUCCAGAGGAUCAGUGGCUGGUAACACAGGGGUUCAUGACACAGUGGUCAAUCAGCUGUUGUCAAAGAUUGAUGGUGUGAAUCAGCUGAACAACAUCCUUGUCAUAGGAAUGACAAACAGAAAAGACAUGAUUGAUGAAGCUCUGUUACGUCCUGGAAGAUUAGAAGUCCAAAUGGAAAUAGGUUUACCAGAUGAAAAAGGAAGGCUCCAAAUCUUAAACAUUCACACUCACAUAAUGAAAGAGAAUGGCAAGCUAGCACCUGAUGUUGAUAUUGAGGAGUUAGCGGCCCUCACAAAGAACUUUAGUGGGGCAGAGAUUGAGGGCUUGGUGAAGGCCGCCCAAUCUACAGCCAUGAACCGACUGAUCAAAGCCACAAACAAAGUGGAAGUGGACCCUGACGCCGUGGAGAAACUGCUGAUCACACGGAAGGACUUCAUACAUGCACUGGAAUAUGACUGUACUCCUGCGUUUGGAAGUAGUAAGGAUGAGUUUGAGAAGUACAUAGCCAAUGGGAUCAUCACCUGGGGGGACCCUGUCCACCGAGUGUUAGAGGAUGGGGAUCUGUUGAUAUCCCAGGCCAAGACCAGCACCACUACACCUCUAGUCACUGUGCUUGUAGAAGGUCCACCCAACAGUGGCAAAACGUCCUUGGCAGCACAGAUAGCCAAAAACUCUGACUUCCCCUUCAUCAAGGUCAUCAGUCCGGAGAACAUGAUCGGCUUCACUGAGCCGGCAAAGUGUCAGGCCAUCAAAAAGAUGUUUGAUGAUGCUUACAAGUCUCCCCUUAGCUGUAUCAUCGUUGAUGACAUAGAACGGUUGCUAGACUAUGUACCUAUUGGACCUCGAUUUUCCAAUCUAGUUCUGCAAGCCCUGUUGGUUUUACUCAAGAAAACUCCACCUAAGGGUCGCAAACUCUUGGUGAUUGGAACAUCCAGCAGAAAAGAUGUUCUACAGGAGAUGGAUAUGGCACAGAUCUUUGGAACAAUUACACACGCCUCCAACAUCUCCACCAAUGACCAUCUAAUGGCAGUCUUAGAAAAUGUGGAUGCUUUCAACAGCAAUGAGCUGGAAAUUAUCAGAAAGAAAACUGCAGGAAAAAGGUUGUGGAUCGGUAUCAAGAAACUGCUAGUUCUCAUUGAAAUGGCCAGACAGAUUGAUGAAUCGCACAGAAUCCCCAAGUUUUUGUGUGUUCUAGAAGAGGAGGGUGGAUUAGAAAUGUAGAAUGUAGAAGUCAUUAAAAAGUGUGAACUUGUAACCUGUUCUGUUGACUAGUGUUUUUGUACUAUUGACUAAGGUACUGUAGUGCAGACUAUUGUACUUGUGCUUGCUGUGGUACGGUACUACUGAGUAUUGUACUAUUGACUAUGAUACUGGUACUGUACUAUGGAUUAUUGUUCUGUACUUUUGAAGUCAUGUAAUGAUUGUAAUGGAAGUUAGUAUGUUGUUAUCUAUCAUUGUAUAGUUUUAAUUUAAUUUAUAGAGAUUAAGAGGAACUUAUUGUACAAUUUAUUUACAUUCCAUUUUGUUACCUGUAAACUCAUUUUGACAUCAUAUUUUUAUAGAGGCUUUAUCUCCCCUCCCCAUAUUAACAGUUAAGUGAAUAUAUUAAAAUUGAAUUUUCUGUCAAACCCAUUAUCAACAUGGGUUUUUAAAAAAUGAUUCAAGAUGGGAUUUAGUGUUUUAAAAUUAGGUAGGCUAAAACAUCUGUAAGUUUGUAUGUUUUAAAAAUUUUAUUGUCUCAGAAACCCAGGUUCUUGUCUCAGCUUCAGAGGAAGAGAAGCAGAAAACCCAGCUUAAAAAAUCACUGCUUCACAACGCAAAACAAAGGUUAAUUAAUAUGUAAUUAUCAAUGUAUAAUCCUAGUCAAACCAAACUGAUUUGUUGGGAAUGUUAAGUUUUUAGUGUUCCUCAACAUUUAUUGUGAUAUAUCAAUCUGCAACCUGCUUUGAAUAAGGAUAGACAUGAAGUUAGUUUAAAUCAUAUAUAAUAUUUUGUAUAAAUGUAAGUUGAACUUGUAUAUGAAGAAGGAAUGCAUAUUUGAUUGAGCAGAAUACUCUUUUGCAAGUUUCAUCAUUUAGAGAUGAAAAAAGCAAAGUUCAUUGGAGUGUGCAAUGUCAAAUAUAAUGGUUUUUUUUUUUAUUUUAAAGGAGUUGUAGAAUUAUAGGAAAUUCGGGUUGUCAGACUGUAGAACUUAAGUUCUAUCCCUACCGAAACUGUAUAUUUAUUGCACAUAAAAAAGCUGUGCACAGUUUUGAACUUAUUAAAAUUAUUUAGGAAUAUAUUAAGUAAAGAUUUUAAAAAGCAAAAUAAUGUAUGGAUUGACUUGUACCUCUACGGUCUGUCAGCCUCAAUUUCUCGUAGAGCUACUGUAACAGUUUUGCAGCUAUAAUGUACAUUUGUAAUUCAUUACUAUAUUUACUCAUGCUUAAGUUUUUGUUGUCCAUUGUACACAAAAAGAAAUUAUGAUCAUUCCAUACAGUAAAAUUAUGCACAACAAAACUUCACUUUAGUUCUGAGAGGAGUUAGGGUAGGAUGGAUUUUUUUCUGCACAUAAAAUAGAAUCAUUAAUUGUUGAACGUAAUUCUAUCCUCCUGAACCCAGUGUAGGAUUACAGCUACAUGUAUUACGUUGUUUAAUACCUCUGAACAAUGAUACAAUUAAAAAUUAUAACAAUAA